AUGGAGAGUCAAAGAAAAGACGUUACCACAGCAGCCGAUGGAGAGAAAGUCGACUUGAAUCUUUUGCGGCCAAGUCCGGAGCAACUAGUACUUUUGGAAAUCGUGAGGGACUCGGCGGUUAUGAGAAGAAACGAGUACUUCGUGUCGAUAAAACCGGCAGAUAUUGUAGUUGAAGAACAUUUAACGGACUGUAAUGAACAAGUACCAACAGCUACGCAGGUACAAACGCCCUGCAGCCAGUCACUUACAGACGAGGCAAGAAUACUUUCAAGUCGGCGGGUAACAUCGUCCUGUUGA